CUUUACAUCCUUUUUACCUUUUCUUUCUGUACUUCAUGUUCACCGAACAAAAGGAAGGUAGUUUUGGUGCUUUGUUUCAACAAUACAAGGAAAGACAUGUCGAUGAACCUACCUUCCUUUCAGCUUGCCAUCUUUUUAUUUACUUUGAUCAAACCAAGGUGGUCACUGAACGAUUGGUGAUUCUUUAUAUUUUAUAUGCUUAUUAUGCUCAUAAGCCUUUGACACAAAAUCCUUUCUUAACCUUCUUUUUGGAAUUUAUCAUGGACCAAGGACGUGGUGAUUGGAUGGAACAACACUUUGUUCAUGCCAUCUUGGAAGGAUGGAUCGAUACGGUAGAGCCUCUAACCCCAACUGAUGUGUUUCAUGAACCUGAUAUUUAUAUACCAAUGCAUCCUCCUACGACGUCGGUACUGAAUGAAUUGAAACGCGCUGUGGCUCGUUUGUUGGAUGAAAAUGAUGAUCAGAUGGAUACAUCAAAUACUGAACUUACUGGUAAUAAGUGGACACAAUAUGAUGAUCGAGAUAGACUUCUUUCUGAUAUGUUGACCAAGAUCCAAAAUGACAAACUUGAUCCUUCUAUCAUCUCAUUUUUAUCUGAUUUACUUUUCCAAGCAACAACAAGGACAUUGACGAUUCCUGAAAAUGAGGUGCUUAUUCAAGGCUCGAAACUUCAUCCUUACGUUGUGAAUCUCUUACCUCUUGCACCCAGACAACUUCCAAAAUUGAUAGAAUUGAAUCAUUUUUUGGCGGCGGAUCUUGUACCCAUGAUUCUGACUAGAUCUAUGGCUGAAGCGUAUCUUCAUUUCUUGGCCAUGCCUAAAGUGACAUGCAAUUCAUUGGAAGUGAUCCAUCAUGUCUUGACAACACAUCAACAACGUUUACCCGAUGAUUUUCUACAUGCCUAUAUAUCAAGUGCUAUUCAAACAUGUGAAUUAUUGGAAGGAUCAUGGCAGGAAAGACAAGUACGCAUGGUAGCGAAAUUUUUACAAUCCUUAUUGGAACGACAUAUUCUCCCUAUUACUGAUUAUAUGAUCGAAAUUCAAUCUUUUUGUCUUGGUUAUCUUAAAAUCCGAGGUGUGGCAUCUUUAUUCCGGACGGUAUCUCAAGAAGCAUCCAUAGAAUAGAACACUUAGUUUUAGAUACCCCCCCCAUUGUAUUUCCCAAAAAAAAAAAAAAAUAAACUGUGAAAACUAAUCUUCCAAAAAAAAA